AUGGCCCAUUCUAAGGUUGCUAUAGUCACAGGAGGCACUCUGGGGAUCGGCUUCGCAGUGUCUAAGAGUCUACUCGAGGAUCCCGACGGUGGAUGGGAGGUUUACAUCCUGUACCACAGCUCGCCAUAUAAAGUAUCCCAGGCGCUGCCCCGCGCCCAUCUCAAGCAAGCCGACGUGACGUCCUGGCAGUCCCUGUCCAAGGCCUUCAGCGAUGUCUUCGAGGAAACCGGCCGGCUUGACUUCGUCUUCGCCAAUGCAGGCGUGCUAUUCACAACCGAUUUCUUUGCCGAUAUGACCGGCAACACCAUCGAGCCUAUUGACAUGUCGCCGGUCGACUACGCAAGUCAGUUCGCACCGGUGUACAGCGCCACCAAGGCCGGCGUUGUGCACUUCAUGCGUUCUAUCGCCAAGCCUCUGUUCCAGACGCACGGGGUCAGGGUCCACGCAAUCUGCCCUGGCGCUGUGCAUACCACGCUGGUCAGCAGCGCGGUGUGGGCUGCAUUCCCUAUCGAGAGUUUCAUCUCGGUGAAGGAUAUUGUCGCGGUGGUCCGUCACCUGAUGAGUGACCAGCCACUGAUAGACUCGGCUGGGAGGCGUAUUGCUCUAGAGUCCAAGUUCGGGCUCGCGGUUGAAGUAGGCACAACGGGAUUAUACAUCAGGGACGAGCAGAAGUUUUCCGACCCAGUCGCGCAGUCGUCUUUGGCAGUGUUGUCCAUGCUCGAGGAGUCCACGACAGAAGAGUAG